AUGAAUAGAAUAAUUCCAUUCAUACUAAUAUUCGCCUGUCUCCCAAAGUUGCCCUUUCCCCAAUGGUUGACCGAUUUCACGGGGUUAAAGGAAUGGCCAGGGUUGGACCCGCCUUAUAUUCCGUUGGACUUUAUUGAUUUCAGCAAGGUUGUUGACAUUCCCUUGCAUCAACAAGCUCAAUGUACCGACCCUAUUCUUAGAAGUUCUAAAUCUUGCUCGUUUGAUUGUUUUAAUUGUGUGGAGUUUGAUGAUGUGUACACCUGUCCUCAACUUUCGCAGACUUUUGAUGAUGGACCCAGUCCGUGGACGAUUAAAUUGUUGAAAAAUUUGCAAGUUAAGAAAACAAGGACUACGUUAUUUACCCUUGGUGUUAAUAUUAUCAGAUAUCCGGAAAUUUAUCAAGAAAGUCAUGCACGCGGUCACAUUAUGGGUUCGCAUACUUGGUCGCAUAAAUUCCUUCCGAGCUUGACCAAUGAACAGGUUGUUGCCCAGAUUGAAUGGUCGAUCUGGGCCAUGAAUGCCACAGCCGGUCACUUGCCUAAAUGGUUCCGUCCACCAUUUGGUGGGAUUGAUAAUCGUAUCAGAUCUAUUUUGCGGCAAUUUGGUAUGCAGGCUGUGUUGUGGGACUUUGACACUUUUGAUUGGAAAAUGUUGGAUUUAGCCAAUAAUCGAAAUGAAGCUGAUGUGUUUAGCGAUGUAACUAGAUUUCAUGCACGGAAUAAGGGAAAGGGGCUUAUGUUGGAGCAUGAUGCUAUUGAACGUACUGUGGAUUUAGGGAUUAAGUUGCAUAAUAAUGUGAUGAAGGAGCAGCUUACUGUGCCUCAAUGUGUGGGUGGUAUUGAUUAUAUAAAGACAUUUAGAUAGAUUAGAAGUUAUUUAAUGUUUAUGGUAUAGUUUACCAUAGUUUAGGUUAUCUUGUGGAUCAAUCAAUGACUCAAUCAAUCAAUCAAUCAAUUAAUAACGCAAUUAAUAUAUGUGCACUAUAUAAAGAACCUGUAGGCGUUAGCGUAUGUCGUCUGCUUACCGAGAUAUCUCAUUGAACUAGCUUCUAGAUGCUAUCUCCCAGAUCUAGAGCACUACAGGAAGAUUCAUAACCAAUGUUGACGACAAACAAACCCCCCGUCUCCAAGAAAAGGGUAAAUCUCUCGACCGUUGCAACAUACAGGUUGCAAAUGCCCACACGUGAUUGUGCUCACCACAUGAUUCUUUUGC